GAUACAUAAUAUACACGUCGGUUGCGCGGCUGAUGCUCGUUCUUUAGGCUAAACAUGGCGAAGAAGUCUUCGUCGGACAAGGCCCAGUCGGCCGAGGAUGCGGGCAAAACGAGCGACGACGUCAAUCCCGAUGAAGAGCCGAACUUCAGUGAUCCCGAGGACUUUGUCGACGACAUCCCGGACGAGGAGCUGCUGGCAGAUAUCAUCGGUCAGAAGCCUUCGGAGACAGAUGGUGUUGAAUCCGUGAUCGUCAUAGAUGGGGUGCCCAAGGUUGAGCCCAAACGAUUGGAGAAGCUUCAGACUGUUAUAGAAAAGAUUUAUGGAAAAUUUGGAACGAUAGUCAACAAAUACUAUCCUCAAGAUGAAAAUGGAAUGACCAAAGGGUACGUGUUCUUUGAAUACAGCAAUCCCGCAAGUGCUCUGAAUGCCAUAAAGCAGGCAAACAACUACAAGAUUGACAAAGUGCACACCUUCAAGCUAAAUCUUUUCACAGACUUCAAGAAGUUUGAAAACAUACCCGAAGACUGGACGCCACCAGAACCUCAGCCAUUCAAAGCUGCGACGGAUUUGCACAGUUAUUUGCUUGAUCCAGAUGCGUACGAUCAAUUUUCCACUGUCACUGGUAAUCCAGGAUCAACCCAUGUACAAGUCUGGCAGAACUGUCAGCCGGAACCUAUUGCCAUCGAAGACCGACAGCGAUGGACCGACACUUACGUCAGAUGGUCGCCAUUGGGUACUUAUUUUGCCACUUUCCACAAACUCGGAGUGGCCCUGUGGGGUGGACCUCAAUUACUUCAACAGGUCAAAUUCUCCCAAAAGAGCGUCGACGAACUUGAAUUCUCGCCAUGCGAGCGUUAUCUCGUCACUACGUCUUAUGGCGAAGGCAGUGAUAGGCGCCUAGUCAUGUGGGACAUUCUUACAGGACAGGAAAAGCGAUCAUUCAAUCCGGAAGGGCCAAACAUAUGCCCGAUUUUCCGCUGGUCUUACAAUGACAAAUAUGUCGCCUACAUGAGCGAGGAUAUGCUCAGUGUCUAUGAGACUCCGUCAUUUGGUUUGCUGGACAAGAAAAGUAUCAAGAUCCCAGGAAUCAGAGAUUUCAGUUGGUCACCGACUGACAACAUUAUUGCCUUCUGGGUACCUGAAGACAAAGAUGUACCUGCUAGAGUUACAUUAAUGGAGAUUCCAAGUCGCAAUGAAAUUCGUAAGAACAAUCUGUUCAAUGUAGCUGAUUGUAAGAUUUACUGGCAAAAAUCUGGGGACUAUCUGUGUGUCAAAGUUGACCGAUUUGCCAAAAAGAAGGAAAAGACGGAACAAAAAUACACGGAAAGUUGUAAAUUUCAAACAUCACAACACUUUCAGGGAAUGUCGUACAACUUUGAAAUCUUUCACUUACGUGAGAAGCUCAUUCCCGUUGACAGUGUAGAGAUAAAAGAGCCCAUUCAUUCUUUUGCUUGGGAGCCCAUAGGUAACAAAUUCGCCAUUAUUCACGGCGAAUUGCCUAACAGUGCCAGUGUUAGUUUUUAUGAAGUGCGCUGUGGGCAAGGUCCUUUACUUUUAAAAAAACUAGAAAAGAAAACAUGUACUUCUCUGUAUUGGUCACCUGCUGGUCAGUUUAUCGUUUUGGUUAAUCCUUCCAUGUCCCAUAAUCUUGAGUUUGUUGACACCAAUGAUUUUACCAUCAUGAACAUGGCGGAACAUUACCAGUGUUCCCAGGUCGAGUGGGAUCCAACUGGACGGUAUGUUGUCACAUCAGUGACCAUGCACCAGAAGACGACACCUGAUACUGGUUACUGGAUAUGGUCGUUCCAGGGUAGAAUUUUAAAGAGAGUCAAUGUCAAUCUAUUCAGUCAAUUCUUGUGGAGACCAAGGCCACCGACCCUGCUGACUGCCGAGCAGAUAAAAAAUAUUAAGAAAAAUCUUAAAAAAUACUCUUCUACAUUUGAAAGCAAGGAUCGCCUUCGUCUUACUCGUGCUUCAAAGGAAUUGAUUGAUAAACGUCGUACUCUCAUGAAAGAGUUUGAAACAUAUCGUGCUAAGCGUACAAACGAAUAUGAAGCACAAAAGAAACGUCGUCUUGAACUACGAAAAAAUAUUGAUACCGAUGAACUUGACUCUGAUACUAAGAAUAUGGAUGAAGAAAUUGUGGAAUUUUUGGUAAAAGAAGAAGAAAUCAUCGUUGAUAAAUAAAAGGCCAUUAAAAGCUGUUUUUUGAAAAGGAAAAAUAAAAUCCAUUAAUAAACUCUAAGGAAAAGUAAUUUUUCAUGCUUCAUAAGAGAAAUUUACUUGAAACAAGUUAGCUAAGUGAAAGUGCAGCCAAACUGUUAGUAAGUCGGUUUUAAUAAACCGGCUUCUUAAAAGUGAAGAAAAUGAUCGUAAAGAUAAAUCAAAGACAGUUUUUAUUAUAUUUUUACUACCACAUUGGAUUCUACCAUCUCCCCUUUAGGAUAGCAUGGAAAAUCAUCCAGCCUAUGGAUUUUUUAUUUUAUUUAUAUUGUCGAAAGGAAAAAAAUAAAUGUUAAUUCAGGAUAAAA